CUAUAGAUUGAAUAUCAGUAGAUCAAAUCUAAAAUUUUCUUUUUUAUUUUUUUGAGAUAUCAAUGGAAUCUAAUUUUAUGCCGUAAUUCAUAUUUAACUUUGGUUUUCGCCAAUAAUCAGUUUAAUCUCAAUUUCUCUUUUAGCUAAUCGUUGCUUGCUUGGCUUCUAAAUCUUAUUCACUUCGUAAAUCUUCUUAUUCUUUGUGUAUUGGGGAGCAUGGUAGGAAUUUGAACAAGAAUCAUUUUGCUUACCUGGUGUUUGAGUUUUUGUAAUUUCAAGGGGACCCAGAUAGGGAAUCGGUUAAAAACUUGUAGAGUUGCAGACGAGGUUGAGAUUUUUGGUGGUUCUCCUGUACUAGGAAAAAAAAAAGGAUGGGGAAGAAAAGAAAAAAAUUUUCCUUUAUUUUUUCUCUUUGGCAAUUAGAUCGAGGUUUAAUCAGGCUAAAUACUUCUCAUCUUUUCUAGCUAAUUUUGUAUCUAUUCUUGUUACCCUUUUGUCCAUUUUCCCUGAAUUGAUAAGUGAAUUAGUUACAGCUGGUAUUCUCAGGCCUUGGAUCAUUGGAUGAACCUCUAGAAAUUCUGGUACAGAAUGGACAACAGAUGGUACAAUAGUGAACCAGAAACCGACGUUCAAGACAAAUUUGAGCAAGAUAAGGAGCAGGGUAUUGAUGUGCAAUAUGUGCAUUUCCUGCCAUGUUCUUAUCAGGAUUCUCUUGUUGAUGAUUUGGUAGAAGAUUUUCGCUUGCCUAUUAACCACAAACCUACAGAAAAUGUCGAUCUGGAUAACGUUGAACAGGCAUCACUUGACACAAAGUUGACGGCUUCUAAUGUUGGGUUUAGGCUUCUUCAAAAAAUGGGAUGGAAAGGGAAAGGUCUUGGAAAGGAUGAGCAAGGAAUAGUUGAGCCAAUAAAAUCUGGGAUUAGGGAUCCAAAGUUAGGGAUUGGAAAACAAGAAGAAGAUGAUUUCUUCACUUCAGAAGAAAAUAUCCAAAGAAAAAAGUUGGAAGUGGAGAUUGAGGAAACAGAGGAUCAUGCGAAGAAACGGGAGGUGUUAGCAGAACGGGAGCAGAAAAUUCAAACUGAGGUGAAAGAAAUAAAGAAGGUGUUUUAUUGUGAUCUAUGCAACAAGCAAUACAAAUUGGCUAUGGAAUUUGAAGUUCACCUAAGUUCAUAUGAUCACAAUCAUAGAAAGCGUUUUAAAGAAAUGAGAGAGAUGCAUGGUUCUAGCAGUCGCGAUGAUAGGCAAAAGCGAGAACUGCAACGACAAGAGAGAGAAAUGGCUAAGUUUGCUCAGAUGGCAGAUGCUCAUAAACAACAGCAGCAAGUGGAAGAAUCUGGAUCUGGUCAGGUUUCCAAUUCAAUUAGAAGUGCAACUGCACUCGCUGAUCAGGAUCAGCGGAAGGCAUUAAAAUUUGGGUUUUCUUCGAAGAGUGGCACUUCUAAGAAGCCAUCUGGUGGUGAUGCAAAGAAACCGAAAGCAGCUGUAGCCUCAGUCUUUGGCAAUGAUAGUGAUGAAGAACAGUAAAUUUUGACCCUGUAGCUUGAACUCAGCUAUAUGCCUUGUGAUGUGUUCUCAUGUUAUUUGGUUGAUGGUUUGUACUAUCUGUGGCCAGAAUCCGUAAUUUCAAGAACCUUGAUAGUUGUGGGUCUGAAGCAUUUAACUUGAAUGGUCUGAGACAGGCAUAUAGAUAAGAUAAUUUCAUUGCAAAGCAUAAUUUGUAUCAUGAUACAGUACAAACUUUCUUUUCAUUGCAAGUGCAGAUGUUGAUUUUUGCAAGUACUUAUAUACGUUGAAUGUUGAUUCCA